GGUGUCAUCAAAAUCAUAGGUGGUAUGCAUAUCUGAUUUGUGUUUCAUGUAAGUUUGGAUUCUUUCAUAAACAGAUAAUAUUGUUCUUUUAUUUUCUUUCUUUAACUGUUUAUAUGUAAUUCUUUGUUGUUGUAUAUCAUCUGUACGAAGAUUAAUGAUGAAUUUGAUAGUUUAUUGACUUGACUUGUGUGUGUGUGUGUGUGUGUGUGUGUGUGUGUGGGACAAUUAAUUUACAUCCAAAAUUGGGAUUCACAUGAGGACAUAGUGCUAUCCAUGCUUGUUUAAGAGGGCCUGAAGCAUUUUCAGUUAUGUCAAAGUAUCACUGAUGGAAUGACUCAUGAUAUCAGUAGGAAACAAUACUCUCGUUUCUGGAGGAAUAUGUCAAAUAUCUGGCAAGACAAUGGAAUGUCUUAAGCCAUUCACUGACUUUGUUGAUGAAGAUGGACACUGGAAGUGGAACCUCAUCCAGAACCUACUUCCAAGAGACAUUUUUGAUAAUAUUGCUAAUAUCUCACUCAAAAUUGAUACAGAAGCAAGCUGUACUUGGAAUCUCAAUACAAAUGGGAAUUUCACUGUCAAGUCAAAAGUCAGACUUGGAAUGAAGAUGAUAUUUGUACAAAAAUAUGGAAGCUUCCUAUGGCUCAACAGGUCAAGACCUUUGUCUGGCUUAUGAUGAAAAGCAGAUUGCUUGCUCACUAACUCUGAACGAUUUCAGAGAAGAAUAACACAGGAUCAGCAAUGUUCACUUUGUAAUGCACCUGUUGAGAACAUAAUUCAUAUUCCCAAAGAAUGUCCUCUGGCUGCAAAUGUUUGGAGAAACGUCCUACCUUCUGAUAUGGGCACUGAUUUCUACAGAGAAGGUAUUAAUUCUUGGCUAGCUCAAUGUCUUCAACUGUCUCAAUUGGACGAUUCAAGGAAGGUUGGAAUCGGCAUAGUGUGCUGGAAAUUAUGGCAAGUAAGAAAUUGCGGACUCUUCAAUGCUGAUUCUUUCACUGUGGAUACUAUUCCUUCUCAAGCCAGAUCAGAGCUGCCAAUUGCAGACUCAGCUCCUUUUGGAACUUUAGAAUUCUGAUGUAAUUUUCUCUGCUUGUUUUGGGUUUGUUUUGGCUCAAUUUGGCCUUUUCUUCUGUACAGUUCUCAUUUGAAAAAGUAUGUGCAACAUGCUAUAGGCUCCUCGUUUGUUCUAGAUGGAAUUUUGCAAUUGAUUGGACUAAACUAGACAUGUUUGCUCAUACAAUAUGCAUAAAUUCUAAGAUAAACCGUAUUAUUUAUGGUUUAUGAAUACAAAGAUGAAAUUGUUGCA